AUGCCCGGGGUCGUCAUUCACGGCCCAGCCUGGACUGGAGAUCUGAAGUCGCCAGGAAAGGCUCCCACCGGCUGCCGCUCCAGUCUGGAGCGCCCUGCCGCCUGCAGUCCAGCUGCCUCUCGGCCAGCCUGGAGUCUCCUCUCCAGCCCCGCACUGCCAGCUCUGACACCAACCCCGCCGUCCCCCGCGUGGUCAGCUGCGCGGCGCCUGGGAGACCGCCUCAGGCACUCCGGACUGCGGCCGCCGCCAGCAGGUGGAGCGUUGGAGGGAGGGGGGUGCGCCGGCGCCCUGGCGCAGAUCCGCCGCCUCUCGAAGCGCGAAUCCUUUGAACUCGUCGUGGAGCUCGACUGCCGGAUCGCUGACGACUGUAUACACUCGCGCUGUGGUAACCACACGAGUGAUCAGCAACUCCACGGUUGGAUUAAGGACAUGGAACGAGUGAAAGACAUGCUGCACACGAAAUUAACCGGAUGGGUACAGGACUUGCAAUUCGCCAGCAAACAGGUGGAGCACUACGAGGUGGAAGAAGACAAGGACAGGCCAGGGCACGUGAUAAUCAGGACAUUGACAGGAGUUUACGACGGCGGUGACGAAGCUACAGUGGUGGUGGGUGUGGUUGGAAGUUCUGGCUCCGGCAGUGGUGGGGGCGGUGGGGCGGGCCGCGGUUUGGGGCUGGCGACGGUGUCGGCGACAGAGCCAGCGGCAGAGGCUGCUGGAGAGGGAGUCGACGGUGGCGCAGGUGGCGGCGACGGUGGUGGAGCAUUUGACGGAGGCAGUGGCGGAGGAGCUGCCAGACUACGGCUCUCUGUGAGUGGUGAAGCAAUGAAGACGACGACGAAGGGUGGGAGAUGA